GGCUUGGGGGAGCCGCCGCCGGCGCGGCGGCCAAUACGCUGCGACCUGUUUGGCCUCCUCCUCCUAGCUGCCCUCCCCGCCCCGGGCCAGCCGGACGCGCGACGCCGGUUGUUUGUUGAAAGAAGAAAGAUGGAAAGUGGUGCAGUUCUACUGGAGUCCAAGACUUCUCCGCUCAACCUGUUGAAUGAAAUGCAUCAGUUACGCCUCCUCGGCCACUUGUGUGACGUGACAGUCAGUGUGGAGUACCAAGGCGUUCGAGAAGAGUUUGUGGCUCAUAAGGCUGUCCUGGCGGCCACCAGCAAGUUUUUCAAGGAGGUGUUCCUUAAUGAGAAGGCUGUGGACGGGGCGAGGACGAACGUGUUCCUAAACGAAGUCCAGGUGGUUGACUUUGCGUCGUUUCUUGAGUUCGUCUACACUGCCAAGGUCCAGGUGGAAGAGGACCGGGUGCAGCGGAUGUUGGAGAUGGCCGAGAAGUUGAAAUGCCUGGAUUUAUCUGAGACCUGUUUUCAGCUGAAGAAACAGAUGCUAGAAUCCGUACUGUUGGAAUUACAGAACUUCUCGGAGUCGCAGGAGGCGGCCCAGGGAACCGGGCUCCGGCCAGAUGACCUCGGGCGUGACGCCAAGGCAAGCGAUCCGACGGAGGCCCCAAACUCGGACGGCCACUCUUACUCCUCUGCUUCCCCCGGGGAAAGAAACGGCACCACCGGCUCAUCCCCGGAGACGCCGCCACCUAGGAAGUCAAAGGAGAAAGCGGAGAAAAGGAGAGAAGCCCUGAAGCCUCCUUUCCCCAAGAUCAGAAGGGCAAGCGGGAGGCUAGCCGGGAGGAAGGUGUUUGUGGAAAUCCCCAAGAAGAAAUACACGAGACGCCUCCGGGAACAACAGAAGGAUGGCGAAGAGCACGGUGGGGAGAACAAGGCUCCCCGUGACCAGAGCACGCGCGAUGAGGGGAAGGGGCUGGAGCCAGCCACGGAGGGCCUGAAGUCCAAGAACGAGGAGCGUGAUGCCAGCGUGGAACUGGAGGAGGGUCUGAAAAAGUCAGAGGGGGAGGAGGAUGAAGAGGAGGAGGAGGAGGAGAAGAAAAAGAGCAACUUCAAGUGCUCAACCUGUGAGAAGGAGUUUCUGUACGAGAAGAGUUUCCUGAAGCACAUCAAGCACAGUCACGGCAUAGCGGCGGAGAUCGUCUACCGCUGCGACACCUGUGGCCAGACGUUCGCCAACCGAUGCAACCUGAAGAGCCACCAACGCCACGUCCACAGCAGCGAGCGCCACUUCCCCUGCGAGCUCUGUGGGAAGAAAUUCAAGCGGAAGAAGGACGUCAAACGGCACGUGCUCCAGGUUCACGAGGGUGGCGGUGAACGCCAUCAGUGCCAGCAGUGCGGCAAGGGCCUGAGCUCCAAGACCGCCUUGAGAUUGCACGAACGAACCCACACAGGCGACAAGCCUUACGGGUGCACGGAGUGUGAGGCCAAAUUUUCUCAGCCUUCAGCGCUCAAAACCCACAUGAGAAUUCAUACGGGUGAAAAACCAUUUGUCUGUGAUGAAUGUGGGGCAAGAUUCACUCAGAACCACAUGCUGAUUUAUCACAAAAGAUGUCACACAGGGGAAAGGCCUUUUAUGUGUGAAACAUGUGGCAAGAGUUUUGCUUCCAAGGAGUAUCUGAAACAUCAUAAUCGAAUCCAUACGGGAUCCAAGCCCUUUAAAUGCGAAGUUUGCUUCAGGACGUUUGCACAGAGGAAUUCGCUAUACCAGCAUAUCAAAGUCCACACAGGGGAACGGCCGUAUUGCUGUGAUCAGUGUGGCAAGCAGUUCACCCAGCUCAACGCCCUGCAGCGCCACCACCGCAUCCACACCGGCGAGAAGCCCUUCAUGUGCAACGCCUGUGGCCGGACCUUCACUGACAAGUCCACCCUCCGGAGGCAUACUUCAAUACACGAUAAGAAUACACCCUGGAAGUCUUUCCUUGUUAUUGUAGAUGGAGCCUCUAAGAUCGAUGAAGGACACAAGGUUGAGCAUCCUGAUGAAGAGUAUGUAUCUCCCAAGCUCUCAGAGAAGCUGCUGACUCUGGCAGAAAACGGCCAUUUUCAAACCUUGACUGCAGUCCCAGGGAGCCUGGCAGCCCUGGACGAAGCCAGCCCCACUGCAGAGUCAGACUCUAAGUCAGGGGAUGCCGAUGGGCACCAGGAGACCCUUCUAGCCACCGCUCUAGGAGAACUAACUGUUCUGCACACCCAGACAGACUCCAUUCAGCCCCCGCUUCAUGCUCUGGUGAACAUGGAUUAGAUUCAGGAGAAGACCACCUCCCCCCUCCCAACUCCAACCACCUUGGAGCCACCAAGGAAGUCAGCCAUGGCCUCAGCAGUGGUGGCCAGCAGCAGCAGCAGCAGGAGGCCGGGCCGCUUGCAAAUGACCAGCUGGUUUUCCCAACGAGGACUUCUUGUCUGUGUGGCUCAAGCUGAACCUUUUGGAAAAGGACUCGGUCCACAUGCCGAUCUGCAUGACACCCAUGUCCCAUCUAGGGUGCCCACCUCUGGUUUUGGGGCCCCGAAGGAUGGAAGGGAGGGCCGAAGUUAUUCUAGGGUGAAGUAUUCAGGUUUUUUUUUUUUCCAAGUUCAGCCAUCUGCCUCUUAAAAACAUGCAUCUUGCAUCUAGUCUACCUGGGCGCUUUCCGCGUCACUUUCCACAAGUGAGCUAAUGACUGUCCUUCUCCCUCCUCUUGGGAUCUGUGUCUAGAGGCCAGUGGUGUCUUGAGUGGCUGAGGCCCCUUCCCCCUUGCCCACUUUGGCACUGAGAACCGGGCAGUGUUGUCAGAGGGUAUCCGUGAACUGCCCCUGCUUAGUUCAAGUAGCCCUUCUUUGGGAGGGCAGAAGGGCCUGCUGGGUCCACCUUUCUCAUGGAAAAUCUUUCCCUCCUCACCUUUGAAAUGAAGUUUUGGCUGGUAAUUUGCAUUUUUGGGUGCCACAAUUUGUGGAGGGGGGGGGUGGCAUUUUUACCAAAGAACCCAGGGUUGGGGGCCUCUGGCCUUGCUGGAGAAGCCGACUCCCACACCCAUGGCCUGGAAAUGGUUGCAAAGGGGCCAGUUGUGUUUGCAACCAUGGGAUUCUUGGUGGAGCAGCCAAGUCUGCAGAACCAUAACUCAAUCCCGAGCCCAGACAGAUUGGAAUAAAUUUAGCCAAGAGGAGGGAGGUGGGUCAUACCCUAGGUGAUCUUAAAAAGCAAAAACUUUUACCAGCUGCAUUCCGCCCCCUUGCUGCUAUGUUUGUUUGAACACUAUCAAAUAUGGCUUUAUUGCUUUUGCCAAGUGUCAUCUAGUUCACUGAUACAUUUCUGUAUUUCAGGUCAAAAUGUCUUGAAUGUGCUUUGCUUAAGUAUGACCAUCGACUCAGAUAUGUAGUUUUAGGAUCUACAAAUCUAAAAGUGUCAGGGCCAUGAAAGCUUUUGUCCAUGGAGUGUGUCUUUCCUUUUUCACCCACUGUUGGCCAGGCGGUUGGGGGUAAUUUUGACUUUAUGGUAUGUGAGUGGGGCGGGCUCAUCCAUAGUCUUCCCUGCACAGAGCAGGGGCCAUCUGCCCGAGCCUGACAGGCCAACAGACGCUCCCACCUGCCCGUGGAAACUCCCAAGAGGAUUGGACUCUCGGGGAGAAACCCUGUUGUUUCAUCACCUGAAGGUUGAAACAGGCAGGAAUAUUGCCGCUAGAUUUUUUUUCAUCUCAACUGACCCUUUGUGUCAAACGGAGGGGAAGUGAAUGUAUUUUCUUAUCCUCUCAUUAAAGAAAGAGCAAAAUGGUGACGUUU